UGGUAAACAUUUUAAAAUUAGAGUCCACAGAGUUUGCUGGCCAAUUGGUUGUGGAUUGAGAAAGUAGGUUUCAAGGUUUGGGGCCCAAGCAACUGAAGGAUGGAGGGACUGCUGAUUUAAAUUAAAGUUAUAAGAGGAGAAGCCACAUGGUGAGCAGGUUUGGGGAGCUCAGAAGCUUGGCUAGGUCUCAUCUCAGACUCGGUGAGCAGUAGGACUUCCAUUCCUGGCACCCAGGGCAUGGUCCUGGCUGGAGAUGCAGCACACAGAGGACAGAGGAAGGUCGUAGCAGGCACCUGUGCUAAGCUGCAGCUACCCCUGCAAGCAACCUUCCAAGUCCUUCGUGGCGAUGGUGCUUCCGUGGGGACCGUGCUCAUGUUCCGCUGCCCCUCCAACCACCAGAUGGUGGGGUCUGGGCUCCUCACCUGCACCUGGAAGGGGAGCAUCGCUGAGUGGUCUUCAGGGUCCCCAGUGUGCAAACUGGUGCCACCACACGAGACCUUUGGCUUCAAGGUGGCCGUGAUCGCCUCCAUUGUGAGCUGUGCCAUCAUCCUGCUCAUGUCCAUGGCCUUCCUCACCUGCUGCCUCCUCAAGUGCGUGAAGAAGAGUGAGCAGCGGCACUCCAACAGGUCAGCCCAGCUGUGGUCCCAGCUGAAAGAUGAGGACUUGGAGACGGUGCAGGCCGCAUAUCUUGGCCUCAAGCACUUCAACAAACCCAUGAGCGGGCCCAGCCAGGCGCACGACAACCACAGCUUCACCACAGACCAUGGUGAAAGCACCAGCAAGCUGGCCAGUGUGACCCGCAGCGUGGACAAGAACCCUGGGAUCCCCAGAGCUCUGAGUCUCAGUGGCUCCUCCAGCUCACCCCAAGCCCAGGUGAUGGUGCACAUGGUGAACCCCAAACAGCCCCUGCUUGCCUCUGGGCUGGCCACAGGAAUGCCACAGCAGCCCGCAGCAUAUGCCCUAGGGUGACCACGCAGUGAGGCUUGUGCCCAUGCUCCACACUGGGAGGCCAGGCUGACCCCACCAGCCACUCAGCUGCAACUCCACAUCAAUUCCACAUGCGCCCAGCUCGAGACUGAUGAGUGGAAUCAGCUUCCAGGUGUAGGGACCCCUUGGGGGGCCAAGCUGACAUCCAAGGCUGAGGACCCCAGUGGGGAGUGUUCUGUUCCGACAUACCCUGGCCGUAACGAUUUUUAUAGUUAUGGACUACUUGAAACCACUACUGAGGGUAAUUUACCAGCUGUAGCCUCCCACUAACUAGCAUUCCUUUAAAGAGACUGGGAAAUGUUUUAAGCAAAUCUAGUUUUGUAUAAUAAAAUAAGAAAAUAGCAAUAAACUUCUUUUCAGCAACUA